AAACGUUCCCCGUCGAUCGCACACGCCAUUUCUCUACCUUGCGCACGAGCCGGCUCUUUCCUCCCGAUCUUUUUUCUUCUUUUUGGGGAUGAUCUUGGAAGCAUCCAGGCUUUAGACAAGUUUUAUUUUAUUUAUCCUUUAGUUAUUAGCGCCUUAUUAAUCGCCCCCCUUUUCUGCUGCUCAUUUAUUAUUACCAGUGGAGUACUCCGUAUAUCUCUCCCUCCGCGUGUUCAGUGUUCACCGCCAGCCCGGUUGCCAGUUUGCCACCAACCAGCCGAAAAGCGAAAAGAGGAGAGAAAUAUCGGGAAGGUGAAAAACCCUCGCUAGAUCCCCUCUGGUUUCCACAAAGAUUGGCGCCGCUGCUUUUCCUGAGGAGUUCGUAUUUUCGGUCCUGCUCUCUUCAGUUUUCACUGGUACGGAGUGAACGAAGAAGGGAUUUCUCGGGAUCCCCUUUUCAGGUUUCUUCCGUUUCCAUGCCUACAUGGCCUUGCUGCUAUAGUUGCCGUGUUGUGGAGUCUUAGCGAUUGGCUGUUUCUCCCUUUCCGUGCCAGAAAUCGCGGCUGCAAACUCCACACACGGUGGAAGAAAAGCCUCACCAGAUACCUCAAGGGCACUUCUUGUCAGUGUUGCCAGCUCAAUCUGUUGAGAGAUGGAGGGGAAUUUGCCACCAAGAACAUUGAUGCCUGGAGCCCUUUCUGAUGUGGAGGCGUCGUUCGAACCGCACCAGCAGCAAUUUCAGUUCGCCCAGCCCCAGCUUCAUCAGGGUAUGUUUGCAACCCCUGCGAAUCCGGUGCAGGAAUUAAGCAAUGGGGUGAAGACCUCGCAGAGCGACGAGGACGAUGCCCUCCACCAUGACCGCGGUGGCAAGGCGGCCUCCCAGUGGCACCGGGUGAAGUGGACCAGCGACAUGGUCAAGCUGCUAGUUUCGGCCGUGGCGUACAUCGAUGAGGAUGUCGAGAUGGACUAUGGUUCGAGCAGGAAGAAGAAGCACGCCAUGUUGAAGAGGAAGGGCAAGUGGAAGCUGGUCUCCAUGUCAAUGAACGAAAUGGGGUUCGCGGUGUCGCCACAGCAGUGUGAGGAUAAGUUCAAUGACCUGAACAAGAGGUACAAGAGGCUGACUGAAAUUCUUGGCCGGGGAACAACUUGCCAGAUCGUCGAGAACCCUCAGCUUCUUGAAGGGGUCAGCCUCUCAGGAAAGCUCAAGGAGGAAGCAAGGAAGCUUCUGAGCUCAAAGCAUCUGCACUAUGAGGAGAUGUGCUCCUACCACAACCAGAACAGGCUGUGUCUGCUUGAAGAUCCGGUCCUUCAGAAGUCACUGCGUUUAGCGCUCAGGAGUAAAGAUGAUCAUGAAAAGAAGAGCUCUAUUGGUGAUGAUGAUGAGGAUGAUGAGAUGAUGCUUUCUGAUGACGAUGAAGAAGACGACGAAUUCAAUGAUGACACAGAGGCAAGUGCUGAAGAUCAUCAUCACAGAAGUCACGGCACAGAGAGGCUGCAGCUUGAUUAUGGCGAGACAUGGUCUGGAUCACAUCUGUCAGAAGUUGCUGCUAUUGACAUGAACAAAAUGCUCUGCGAAAGAUCUGGCGGUCUAUCUGCUGAGAAGGAUUCCCCUGGUACACAUGAGAUUCAAAUUUUGAAACAGCAUCUGAAGUUAAAAGCUCAAAUGCUGAAAUUUAAGCAGCGACAAUUCAAGUGGCUGAGGUUCAGCAAGGAGAAGGACAGGGAACUGGAGAAGAUGAGGCGGGAAAACGAGAAGAUGAGACUGGAGAAUGAGCGGUUGGAGCUGGAGCUGACGCUUAAAGGAUUAGAGAUGGGUAUCAAACCAAAGAUAGUUAUUGGAGACUGGAAAUGGUAAGAGUAGAAAGCCUAGAAUUGCUGGUAAUCCUUUUGCUUGCUUCAGGUGCUUACAGAUUUAUAUGUAAAUUUAUCUGUGGCCCUUGAUUAAAUUUUAGAUUAUAUCUUAGCUAGUUGAUAUUAGUUAAGGAAUGACUAUUCCAGUUGUUUUAGUGUUUACAAUUGGUACCUUUUGACCUAUCGACAUGCAAAUUGUAUGCUCAUGUUGUCAUUCUA